AGUUAGAUUUUGAACAUAUUAGAACUGAGGUAGCUAACAACUCUCUUGAAAAUAGAGAAACUAUAUAUAAAAAUAAUAAUAAAGAUCAGAUACAUAAAAUAAUUGAAUUAUUAAGUGAUAAAGACUAUUGUUACAGAUAG